AUUAGAACACAGAGUUAAUUUGAGCGGAUAUACUGAAAGCAAUUUCGAAAUUGUGGAUACCAAUGUAACUGGAAUUGCAAUCAACAUUUUGGGACAUCUUACACGUGUAGUUUUGAUAAUACCUAGUAAUAACAAAACGAUAGAGAGACCAUCAGAAAUAGUGAUAUCUUCGGCAAGUAUAUACAACACAAAAGGGGUGGCUAUCGGCGCGCGCAACUUUCCGGAUAGAUUGAGCGUGAAGCUAACGGGGAUGGAAAAUUUAAAAUACAACAUGGACGUAAUUGCUUAUUAUGGAGUAAAUCACGAAAAUAACACGAGAGAAAUUAACAGAAAAAAAGAUAUUUUUAACGAGAUAUUAGGUGAAAAACAUAUCACACGAGCCAAAACAUCAACUAUAAUUGAAAGAGAGGAAACUCACGAGAACGCUGCCAAUAUAUAUACAUAUAAAGAUGCCAAUUUACUAAAUUCAAUAAUAAAUAGGAAACGAAGAUUUGAAAGAUCAGCAGAAAUUAUGGAUCAAAAAAAAAAUAACGAUGAAAUAACAGAUUUUUCUGAUAUGUCAUUCUCCAAGCGUGAAUCUACUGCAGUAAUUGACAAAAAUAAUAUUAAUUCUUCCAUCUUACAUAACAAUUCUUUGAUAAGUUAUGGCGAAUUUAAGAUUUUUAAACAAAAUUUUUCAAAUAUCAAGGAGCAACAGCAAAAAAUUCAAGCGCGAUCGUCGGAAGUUACGUCAUUAAAUGAAGACGUUGAUGUAAAGAUGAAAUCAUCCGCUGAGAGCGUAUCGAUGCAAAUUGAAAGAGACAACGAUCAAAAUCAAAAACUUUCAACACAAAUUAACGAGGAUCCUUUCGAAAGAAAAAAGCUGCUGUUAGAUGUGAAUGCAAACAGCAAAUUGAUCGCUACACCAGGAACACUACAUAAAGUGAUUUUUGAUGCAACAAAUAAUUGUGUCCUUCCAGUUAGAUAUGCAAUUCAAGCAAGAAGCUCUCCCCUUAGAAUUUCAAACAUCCAACCGACAUACAUGUGGCUGUAUCCGGGACAGACAGAUCAGGUAGUUGUAUACAUUUUUGUACCAGCAGGAACGCAAGAAACUGUCAAUACGCUUACACUGUCUAUCGCUGGUACAGAAAUAUUGGAGAAAACAGUACAGGUUUUCGUUCAAAAUGAGUUUUCGAGGAACAAUGAUAAUGUAAAACCAACAAUUGAAUACUGGUUCAAUAGCAAUUGUGCCGGUAAACUGGACAAAGAUCGGUGCGAAAAAACAUUUUGGAGUGCUGAUAUUACUGUCCAAGAUUAUGAUUCAGGUUUAAAACGCGUGAUAGCAAUACCAAAUGGGUUAUAUCCACGCACUAAAUACAUAAGUGGCACAAAAGAUCGAGUCACAUUCUAUUAUUCAUCAACUUGUUGCACACCAACAGCUACAAUUACAGCGAUAGACAUAUCGGAAAAUCAGUACACUCGUAGUAUUGAUGUAACAGCAUGGGACAAUCUGUCACAAGGAGAAAUAGCAGCUGUCGUACUCGGUGCAUUACUACUUCUGUUACUUUUAGUAUUUAUCAUUAUUGCAAUAGUAUAUUGUGUUCGUAAAAGGAGUAGUCAUGAUCUACCCUACACACAAAGAUAUGGCUCUAGAUCACAGCCUGCUCAAGCAGAAAGAACAAGUUUCUAACAAUACUUAUAAGAAUCAACUGUAAUAUGACUGUCAUGAUCAAUUAUAUCUUGAAAACUG